CACUUUCCCUCCAAACCCAAGGCGCAUUAGAGUAGGGUGAGCCGACGGGAGCCGACGGCACUAAUUGUCUCUGCUUCAGAGUCAACUGAUCUCUCCCCGCUCACGAGAAACUCACUGCCGCAACAAUGGCAGAAAUUUCCGAGUCCGAGCCUCUUAACCCUACCCCUGAUUCUCCAGACAGCGGCGCCUCCAGCCGGAGAUCCACCAUGCCAGGGACUAAGCGUCUCAUGGUGACCCUCUCCGUCCUCUUCCCCUUCCUUGCCGGCCUUCCAUUUCUCCUCAAAUCGACCGAAAUCUACCGGUCGCCGCUGCCCUUUAGUUCCAUCGAUUCUCUCUCUUAUCGCCUCCUCCAGGAGCCACCCUCUCCGCCUUGCCGACUUCAGGUCGUCUUCCUACGCCCAGGUAUAGGCGACAGCGCUGACCGGCUAGCUCGUCUCAUCUCCGACGAGGUGGAUAAAAGAAUCGAGGGAAGCCUCACUUGCGGAAGCUGUGGGAGGAAUUAUGCUGUCUCAGUGACGGUUGAUUCAGGCAACGGUGGCUGCGCGCGUAGUGGCAUUGGCGAGGGCGAUCCGUGCUUUUGGCGGUGUGGGGUAGUUGAUUCGCUGGGGUUGAGGAACAAUGAUGAGGCUGUCGAUGAAAUGCUUGAUGCAGCGCUUGGAAAGGGUGGGCGGUGCAUGGGUUCUGGCGUUGGGAAGGUUUACACUGUGUUGGUGGGGGAGAGCGAUGCGCAGGAGGGGGUUCGGAUUGUGGUGGGCAAGCAUCGACAUGCUUGGGUUGAGGGCAACGUUGGGGAGAAUGAUGCAGCCUUGUUGAUUGCAAAUAUUUUUAUUAAGUAUUUUGUGAAUGGAGGAAGGGAGGAGUUUGUAGCGCAGAGGAAGGGAGAGUUUGUGCCGGUUGGAUUGGAUGGGAGCGUCGUGCUAUCUUUCAGUCUUUUGAAUGCUGAACCCAAUGAUUGGGUUUAUGACUGGAAUUUUCAAAAGAUAGAUGAGGUUAUGUUGGCUCCAGUUGUGCAGGCCUUAGCACCGGUAGCAAACAUACAUAUAGAAAGUCAGGUUCUGUACCACACUCCGAAGUCAUCCAUUUGUAACUGGGAUGAUAAGUCUGGUGGCAACAUAUGCGGCAUUGGGGAUCUUCCUUUCUUUGUAAAUUCAAAUGAAUGGCAUUUGGACACUUCUAUUGCUGCUGCUGGACGUUCAAAAAUUAUACAAUUUGUGGUAUAUGUUCCAUCAAGAAAUGAAUGCCCACUUCUUUUACAACUUCCAAAUGGACAGAUCUCUAAGACCAAUGGUUUUAUAUCCCCUAUGUGGGGAGGUGUUAUUGUGUGGAACCCGCCUGAAUGCUCAGCAGAUUCUCAAAAUAAACCUCUGAUUAGGAGAACAAUGUCACCUGAGGAUCUUCAGAAGAUUUUUCACGUGAUUGUCGGGCAGCUUCGUCUUCUGUUUGGUUUUAAAUCUGAUUACAUUCAAGAUGAUGGUAUGGACCAGAUUAACAUUUUGGCAAGUGAAAAAGGCUUUACAGAAUGGGAACUGGAUGUACUGUACCGUCACCAUGCAUGCUACAAUCUUAUAUCAUGUACCACCACUCUCGAGUCUCUCUCAAAACUGGUUCAGUCACUUCCCAGAAUGAUUAUUAUGGAUGACAUAGGAAAGCAGGUAAAGUAUUCUCUUGAAGCUGCAAGUCUAGCUGAAAAUAAUGCAUCUCUUGGGAUAUAUGAUGCUUCGGCAGCAUCUUCUCUCCAAGCAAGAUCUUUAGCUGAAGAUGCAUUCUUCCAUCCGUCAAUUAUGUCAAUUAGUUAUUCAUCUCUGGAGCAUUAUUUUGCUAUAUACAUGCCAUUUUUCGCACCUGUAUCAUUGCAUUUGAUCCUGGCAGUUGUAAGAGAAAUAGGACGGUAUAGGAGAGAGCGGGCGAAGUAUCUGUCAUUCAUGGCAGAGCAGGCCAAGACUUCCUAGUUAAUUAAGGCACUUGCAGACCCGUUUCUUGGAUCAAGAUGCUGCAGCAGAAAGAAGUUUACAGGCACUCUCUUUCCACACAUUAUAUCUUUGACAGUUAGGAAGAACCAAUGUUUUAUGGUAAUUUUUACCCAACUAUAUUUUCGAUGUCUAAGUUAACAUAUGAUUAUAACUUUGUGUAGUAGAUAAUCACUGGUGGAUUUUUUUUUUCUUAAUUUAUUUUGUUUUGAUUGUUUUUUUUUUU